GCCGAAGGGAGCUGUCCUUCUCUCCUGAGGGCGAAGCUGCGGCCUAGCCAAGAUGGCGGCGUAUUUGACCCACCAGCAGAAGGUGCUGAGGCUCUACAAGCGAGCGCUGCGGCACCUGGAGUCCUGGUGUGUCUUUCGGGACAAGUAUCGCUUUUUCGCCUGCUUGCUGAGAGCCCGCUUUGAUGAGCACAAGAAUGAGAAGGAUAUGGUGAAAGCAACAAAGCUGCUGAUGGCAGCGGAACAAGAAUUUUGGGAGAACCAGCAUCCUCAGCCUUACAUCUUCCCUGAUGCUCCAGAAGGCACAGCUUAUGAGAGAUACGACUGCUACAAGGCUCCCGAAUGGGUUCUAGAUUUCUGGCAUCCUUCGGAGAAGGCGAUGUACCCAGAUUACUUUGCCAAGAGAGACCAGUGGAAGAAGCUGCGGAUGGAAAGCUGGGAGAAAGAGGUCCAGCAGCUUCAGGAAGAAACCCCACCAGGUGGCCCUCUGACCGAAGCUCUGCCUCCAGCCCGCAAGCCGGGACACCUGCCGCCUCUGUGGUGGGAUUACGUGACUGCGCCCCGUGAGCGUCCAAUGUAAAACAAAAAAAUUCAUUCUACACAGUUUUCGUGAACAGGGUUACGCCGUUCAAGCAGGAGAGAUUCUUAGCAUGCAGAAACGAGUCAGCGUGCACAAUAAAACAAAAUACGUUGUGUGCAAA